GUAAUAAGAGCAGCAGUGUUUAUCAUCUUCAAAACAUUCACUCUGAUUAAAUGUUUCAAAGAUGAAAAAUCCUCUCAUAAAAAAUUAUAUUUCAUUACUUCCAGUGACAGCAACAACCGGAAGUAACGGAGGAAAAUGACAAAGACAAUUUAGAAGUCUACAGACUAUAUAUAGUCUAUCAUCCAUACAAGUUUCAUAAUUCAAUCUCGUAUAGCUUUUGGGGAAUGUUUUGUUGGCCUCUAUAAUAAUUACCGAACAGUAUAAUGAAUAGAAGUCUAAAAAAAAAUGUUUCUGAUAUAUAAACUACGUAAAGCAUGGAUAGAUCUAUAAAAAAAAAAAACCCAAAACAAAACAACCCCGAACAUUUAUGAAGUGCAUUCAUUUGAAUGAUUUAAAUCUCCCAAUAUAUUUGAGACAAACGUUACAAAGGAUUUAUUAAACAUAUUACAGCGCAUGAUUUAGACGUACGUGUGCUCUGUAAGUAUCGAAUCGAUACUGAAGAAAAUGUCUGCUUUGCGCGUUAUUUUCAUUUCGUAUUUUCUUGUGGUUUGCUAUGUUUCGUCGGCACCACCUUCAUGGGCAAACAACAACAAUUGCCCCGGGAACAGCUGCAACAACGGCAAUAACAAUAAUAACCAAGCUACCACGCAAGCUACUAAUCAAGCUGCUGCUACUACUACUGCUAGUAGUAGCAAUGUUUAUACGCGGGUGUAUUCCACGGCCCCAGAGAUGACGAAGUUUAUCGAGGAUACUUUCACGAAAUCAUCGGCGUCGUACAACACUUUAAUUUUUCCGAGGAAAGAUUUUACUGAGACAAUCAAAGUAGAUAUUGGCUUCAGUUUGGCAUCAAUUACCGACUUUGAUGAAGUGGCUGGGACUUUGGAGGUGAUUGGGACAUUAACUAUAAAAUGGUAUGAUGAGCUGGUGGACGAUGUUUAUGACAAAGAUGAUCACGGAGGCUUCACGGAAACUACUAUUCCUAAUGCGUUUGUAUGGAAACCGCCAGUCUCCCUUUUCAAUUCUGCGACAGCUAUUGUUCCCGUUGGAGAUAAUUCAAAUUAUGUUCGAAUGUACAGGAUAACGAACUCAUCUCAUGAAUACUACAAUUAUGGUCUGAUGGAAUGGAGACCCGGGGUAGUGACAAAAACUGGAUGUAUAGUGGACGUGGGGUUCUUUCCGUUUGAUAAACAAUCGUGUAAUAUCACAUUUACCCACUGGGGUUUCACUGACCAAGAGGUAAAAUUUGAACCAUCCGCACCAACCUUAGAUUUAACAGAUUAUGUGCCAUCUGACGAAUGGACUCUUACUGAUACAAAACUUAUCGAAGAAACGGUGGACAGCGGAUCGUUUGUGAAAAUGGAAAUCUCGUUAACAAGAAAACCCACCUACUACUUAGUUAACUUCUUCUUGCCAAUCAUCAUUCUGGGUGUUCUGAACGCUCUAGUGUUUAUCUUACCGUUGGAGAGUGGUGAAAGAGUUGGAUACUCCGUGACUUCUUUCUUGACCUUUGCAGUAUAUCUGUCGCUAAUUGCCGAAGGAAUGCCGAGAACUUCCGAGCCCAUGGCGAUUCUCAGUUAUUAUUUAAUGUCGAUGGUCGUUGUUAGCGCAGUUGCAACUAUCAUUACAAUUUUCACUCUUCGUGUCUACCUAAAAGAUGAAGACGACCGUGUACCAACCCCAAUCGCCCUCUUCAUAGCCUGUCUUAACUGUCUAAUCUGCACGAAGGAAGACGAGGAUGAAGAUGAGACGCCAUUGUUGAAGUCUGAUGAACUGGAAUUAGAAACAAUGAGAGGGAGGUCGGGGAAAGGAUAUCGGUCUCAAAUUGAGGAAACGGCGAGUAAUUCUAGCGAUGAACCACCCGAAAAUCGAUAUGAUGUUGACUGGAAACUUGUGGCGGGCACACUGGAUAUUUUUUCUUUUCUUGCUAUCCUGGGAGGUAGUGUGGCCAUCGCGGUCAUGUUUUUGGUUCCAUUAGCUGCUCAAAUGUAAUAUCACUUUCUGUUUACAUUUAGGGUUUUGUCUGAGUUUAUUAUGUUUAUAUAAUACAUUGCAGACAUGUGCUGUAAUUAAAUGUCAUGUUUGGAUGCUAAAACUGAACAGCGUUAAAUACACUGUAAAUGGUUAUUUGUUAAAUUGAAACCACAUUUUGUUGUGUGACUUACCUUUAUGGGGGUAUUUACUGUAUAUCAUAGUACUCAAUUGAUUAUUUGUCAAAUUUUGAUUAAAUGAUAUCGAAUAAAUAAUGUACGAUAUGCAAUAGCUUGACAAUGUAGAAACCCCCAGUAAUUUGUUCCUUAAAUUCAGCCCCUUUUCACACAUUCAUGGAUGAGACGCCGGAUCAUCAACCCGUGAUGAUCCGUAACAAUCCGUAAUCACCGCGUACAAACUGUAUAUUCUUCCGGCGUCGUCCGGGACAAUCCGCCUGGGUCAAGCCAAACCGGGGAAAAAAUUAAACAUGUUUAUUUUGUUUCACGGAUCGUCCCUGAAGAAAUUGAUCCGUGUAGAUUCCAUGUACCUCCAUGUAUCUACUGAGAGUGAGAGGUCCGUGUAAUCACCGAGAAAUCCGUGCAGCCACCGAGAGAAAUCCGUGUAACCACCGAGAGAUCUGUAUAACCACCGAAGUAUCCGUGUAAAUUCUGGGGUCCUUUUUUUUUUGUUGACGAACACGGAUGUCUACGGUUUAUACACGGAUUGCUCCUGGAAACUACACGGAUAGUCACGGUAAACACAGGGGAGAAAGACCGUGAUAAUCUGUGGACAUCCGCGUAUUUUUGUGAACUACCCGUGGAUGGACCGGCAAAAAAUGUUAUAUCCCGUACGCUCCGUGAUUACGCCGGCACCGAUCGAGAAUUUUUUCGGGGACGCACGGGUAGCUACCGUGCUUAUCCGUAAGGAAACUCUGCGUUUUCCGUGUCUGCAUCAUGAUAAGCACCUGUUGAUACCGGCAUUAUGACGACACGGAACCCAAAGAUGCCGGAUAUCCCCAGAUGGUUAGAAUUUUGCAUCCGGCGUCGAUCGACUUUUCAUCCGUGAAUGUGUGAAAAGGACUGAUCCCACCUCUGCUAUAUAUAGGGGUUCGUGUUUGGCGAACUCUGUUGUGUAUUCCUUGAUUUGAACAUAUUUUAUUGUAUAAAUAUACAAAGGGAUGGGUUACAAGUUCUAGUAACUUAGAAAACCUACCCCGAAUUGCAUUACUUAUAGGAGUUAUGAGAUUUGUCAAUGUUUGUUUUGUUUAUAUUUUUAUACAACUAUAUUUGAUGAAAAGAUUGUUAUAUCGAUCCUUUAAAAAUGAGAAUAUAUAUACAAUUAUUAAUGUAUAUACUUUAAAACAAAACUAUCAAAUUUGCGAUUUAAGGAAAUUCGCCACACAAAUUACAUGCAUGUAAAUUUGGUACAGAAAAAAUAUUUCCAUAUGUUUGUUGCAAUUUUCCAUAGUGUCUUUCAAGUGGAAAUUUUAUUAAAGCUUUUGAAAAGAUAAGAAGUUAUGAUUUUCUUUGUAAGGAGCCAAAAGCUUGACUCCGCGGUAUUAAUCGUAAUUAUGACCACAUUCCAAGGUUUAAAAGAUGAGAGUAUGAUACAUACAGAUCUGUAUAAGAUAAAGACUUCAAAUUGAAAUCACAGAACAAUGCUAAUUUGAUUUUAAAGCGUAUCUGUGCAUCUAACGGUAUGACAAUGUAAUUGGCACUUUGUCGGCAAUUUUGUCUUAAAAGACUUUAAUUGACACAAGUAAUUUUUAGUCCGUGCACUGUCUGCGCAAGUGCAGAAUGAGGAGGGGAUAUUGACUAAAUGCAUGAAUCAGCAAAUUAUUUGGCACAAAGAACUAAUAUGGACCUGUUGGGAUUAUCGUAAGAAUAUUUGCUUUGCUGACUUUAUUCUCUGUGACAACACCGUCUUCCUCACCUGGAAGACAACUACUGAAAACAUUUUGCCCAGUCUGUGAAUCUUACUGUUGAUCUUGUCAAACUGUUCUUUUUUAACCUAUUUAUAAACAUGCAAAGAAUACAGCAAUCUGGUUUUCUCUCAGAAAGACCAGAUGGGAACGAUCAAAGUUAACAUGAAAUUCGAGCUAUAUUCUAUUGAAAAAAAUAUAAGUUCGGAUUAUCAUGGUGAGAAAGACACCGGAUAAGAUUUGUUUUCUUUUUUGGAGAGCGUAUGAAAGUGUAUGUCUUAAUUAUCAUAUGUUAUUGUGCUUGUUGUAUAUGCGAGUUUUACAUUGAUGCCAUCGGAUAAUAGCUCCCCAGACCUUGUGUAUUUGUUUGUGAAACCCGAUUUUAAAUAAAGAUUAUCUUAUCUCU